AUGAGUCAAGAGUAUAACUUAAUAUUAGAAAAUUAUGUAGCUUCCGUUCAUAAACAAUUAGUUAAAACUUUUCCAUAUUUAAUAAAUAAAAAUCUUCGAUUCGGUUUUUAUUUUCCUCACCGAUUAGAUUAUUCGACAAGUGGAGUUAUGUGUGUGGCUUUAUCAAAAAAAUCAUGUGCCGCUGCUAGUAUUGCAUUUCAAGAAAAAACAACUAAAAAAUAUUAUUUAGCUUUAUUAAGGGGUCAUGUAUCUAAAAGAGAAAUAGAAUUGAAUGCACCUAUAGGAGAAACAAUCAAAAAGGGAUUAAAAAUUAUGUCGAGUGAAGUAAAAGGUGCCUUGCCAGCAUGUUCAAGACUUUUAGUUCUAGAAAGGGGUAUAUAUGAUUCAUACCCUGCUACCAAAGUAUUGCUUAGACCCUUAACUGGAAGACGUCAUCAGCUUCGAGUUCAUUGUAAUAUUAUCGGUCACACAAUUAUAGGAGAUUAUACAUACAGUCAAAAAAAAGAUGUAUCUCCUCCUAGAAUGUUUUUACACUCUAUAAGACUAAUUAUUCCAAACAGUAUUGAAUUGUUAGAUGUUUCAACAGAGGAUCCAUUUACAGAAAUUAACACACCUGGAUGGAUGGUAGUAGAAAAAAUUCAAAGAUUAAAUGAAGAAGCUAUGGAAGUUUUAGCAAAGGAUUAA